AUGGGGGUGAAGUUCGAGUUCUUCAAAUUUUUUAAACUGAACUACUACGCCUUUUACGUGAAGAAGGAAAAGCUGUACACCUUUCUGCAUACCACUACGGCGUAUUCCCUCGUGGGCGUGACCAUAUAUCUGGGAUACUCCUUCUUUCACAUGUGGAACGACGCGGUACAUUACUCGUACAAGCACUACGUGAGGAAGGAAAAACAACGCAAACAACUGUACGAUAAAAUUAGGAUCGCUCGGGAGAAUGGUCUCAUCCCCAAGAGCGAAGUUGAUCUCUCGAAUUAA